AAAGUGAAGCUGAAGAUUCUCUUUUGGCUUGAAUGCUAUUUUCAAACAGUGAUGGUUGAAUUUCGCUUCAAUUAUUCAUUAAUUAUAACAACUUGUGUUAAAUACUCGCGCUGAGAAACUAGUGCAAAUUAUCAUCGAUGAAAGUUUUCAGUUGAUAUUGAAGGCAGGAGCGGAACGGUGCGGUUGCAACAGCGUGGAUUUUACGUUCUCAUAACAACCGGACCAACACGGCGGGAUUAAUAUUGAGGGACAAUUUAGGGUACUACGGCUUAAGUAAACAGGUUACAAUGGAUUCCGAAAACGAGAACAACAAAUAUGUUGAUGAUGAUUGUAUGAACGACAUCGAGGAAGAAGAGAGGAGAAAUUUCUACAACAUAAUCUACGCCUUUAAAUGCUAUCGAACAAAUGCCUUGAACCAUGUUAAUCGAAGGGAAGCUUAUUUGAACUGUCUACCCGGUAAUCACCAGGACAUGUUGGCAAAGUAUCGUGACCAUUUACAAAAGCUUCGAUACUGCAUCGACGCCAACAGCAAAGUGAUCAAGAAUAUUAUCCAGGAUGCCGAUUGCCUUUUCUACAACGAUACCGGAACUAUAGCGCAACAAAUUCAACCGACAAGCGAUGUCAAGGUGCGCUCUCAAGAUAUUCAAAAAGUCCAUAUCACUUUGAAGCAAAUUUUCCGCGAUUGGACUGUAGAGGGUUUAGCAGAAAGAGAUCAAUGCUAUAAACCGAUCAUCGAUGAAAUAUCGAACUACUACAAUUCGCAAACAUGCAAUAUUGAGGACGUUAAAGUGUUGGUUCCAGGAGCUGGUCUUGGACGAUUGAUUUACGAGAUAGCAUACCGUGGAUAUUAUUGUGAAGGAAAUGAGUUUUCGCUAUUUAUGCUCAUAGCCUCAAACUUUGUUCUCAACAGAUGUGUUAUUGAAAACCAGUGUACUUUCUACCCAUGGGUGCACCAAUAUGUCAAUAAUUUGUCGAGAAGUGAUCAAAUUGAGGCUAUCUAUUUCCCAGAUAUUAGUCCGACCAAAUUCCCUCCGAAAGGUACCAUGAAUAUGGUGGCCGGAGACUUCCUGCAAGUCUACAAAGAUGAAAAUUAUUGGGACUGUGUGGCCACUUGCUUUUUUAUAGACUGCGCUAACAAUAUCAUUGAGUUUGUAGAAGCGAUCUUCAAUAUUCUCAAGCCAGGUGGAAUAUGGAUUAAUCUAGGACCCCUGCUGUAUCAUUUUUCGGAUGUACCUAAUGAAAACAGUAUAGAGCCUACAUACGAAGAUUUGGUCGUUAUCAUCAGAUCCUGUGGAUUUAACAUUUUGAAAAACAAAACUGAUGUCCCAACCAAAUAUGCUCAAAAUCCGGCAUCGAUGCACCAAAGCGAGUACAAAAGCAUAUUUUUAGUUUGUCAAAAACCUUUUCAAAGCUAGGCUGUGCCACGUACAAGCCCAUACUUUUCUCUCUUUGAACAUUCAUCAAUACUCUUCCUUUAUUUAACUACCGAUCACAGUUUGAGUUAAGAAACUGUACAAACAUUGAAGGGAUUUUGUCAAUUGUCGAUCCGGGCGUGGUGUGGAGCUUCAUAUAAUUCAAGAAUUGUCGCCGAAUGCGGUUGAGUUGAGCAGCAUUCAUGUCUGCUGGAACGUCUACUUCAAGCAUCUGUUUGCUGGAAUUGGCUGUUUUCACCUUCACCGAUCCGACGAGGCCUAACUUUCGGGCUGACAGUACUUGAUCGAUGAUUUCUUGGGUUAUUUUAUCCAUCUCAAACAGAAAAUUUGUAGAACUAAGAGGAGGCUGUGGAGUAAGAGAAAACAUAAUUAAAUUACAUAGUACUAUGUACAUCGUAACACCACCGACAAUACAAAAAGUUUUGAAAAUUAAAUGAAAGAAAAAAU